AUGGAGACUCAUGGUGUCAUUGGACCUCCCCGGGAGUUCAGCCACAUCUACUCCUACCAAACAGCCGACAGCUACUGCGUGGCGAUCCAGCUGAGACCACCUUAUGAAGGAGGUGGCGGCUCCCGGCAGAUUCACAAGAUCACCAGCGAAUGGGACAGUCGGAAAGGCGUGGAAGACCUCACGCCCAACGACAUGAUGAUCAAGUUCACCGAACGAAGCAUCGAGGUCUGCAAGCGCGGUGGGAGUUCUGCGUGGCACAUGAUCCGCGGCUUGCACGGGCCGACUUUGCAGCAGCUGAACAAGGAGAAAUGCUACUGGACCAUGACGAAGCAUGGGGGUCGCUACUGGCUCAUCUCCCUGGAACUCGUGAAGAAGACUCCGGGAAAGCUCUGGAGCAGACUGAUGCGCGAUGAGCGCGAAGCCAACCGGCCCAGCAUGAAGUGGGACAAGGACAUGCAGAAGACUCCCAUGAUCAUGGACAAGAGUGGCAAAUUCACACCUUCGACAUACUGCGACCCGACAGUGAAGCCCAAGUACGAGACGGAGGAG